AUGUUGACAAGUGAUGAUCUUGCUUCUUCGAUUGUGGGGACUCCGAGUUAUAUGUGCCCAAGACUUCUUGCUGAUAUACCGUAUGGGUCUAAGUCAGAUAUAUGGUCUUUGGGAUGUUGUGUAUAUGAAAUGGCUGCGCACAAACCAGCUUUUAAAACUCUCGAUAUGAAAGCACUAAUUAACAAAAUAAACAAGUCGUUAGUGUCCCCGCUUCCAACGGUUUAUUCUGGUACUUUUCGAGGCAUGGUGAAGAGUAUGCUACAGAAAAAUCCCGAGCAUAGGCCGAGCGCUGCGGAGCUACUAAAUCAUCCACAUCUUCAACCUUAUAUACUUAAAGUUCAUCUGAAGCUAAACAACCCCAGAAGAGGUACUUUUCCAUUCCAAUGGACCGACUCGAACCAUGCUAGGAGAAGUCGAUUUGUAGAACCGGAAUCCGUUUCCACUUUCUCUGGCAGAGUUAAGCAAUUGUCAUUCAGUAACGACAGGGGCUUGAAUCCUAGUAUUUCUGGAACUGAAGUAGGUUCUCUGUGUUCUACUCAAAGAGCUCAAGGAUUCUCUACUCAUUCAAAACAUUAUGAGCUAUCCAUUGGCUGUGUCCGUGAAGAACAAAAUGCUAACAAACCAUAA